ACAUCACGUGCAUCACGCGUUGAUCAUUUCAGCUUCAGUUCGAUAUCGAGUCCAAGAAUCUCUCACUCUCAAGUCAUCCCGGUUCCCACUAAAACGACUCAACCAACUGGAGAAAUUCAGGAAUCAAAACUCAAAAGCCCUGCUCUCCCUUGUUCUAUUGAUCUUGUUUUCGUUCUAAAUGGCUCAGUUUUUCAGGAGACUUGCGAAAGCUGCUCCUCUGGCAUUCGCCAAUGCCUUCAAAGAUCAACCUAAAUCCAAUUUUGGUGGUUUUCGGAUUCCCUAUGGAGCAAUCGCUGCUGUUUCUGGUGGAAUUUCUUAUUACUACUACUUUUCUUCGCCGAAUGUGGUUCAGCUAGAUCAUAUCAAUGAAGCAGUUGGUCCUAAAGUAGCACUCAAUCCAGAUAAAUGGAUUGAAUUUAAGCUGCAAGACACUGCAACAGUCAGCCACAAUACAAAGUUAUUCAGGUUUUCAUUUGAUCCCACUGCCAAGUUGGGUCUAGAUGUUGCAUCAUGCAUUAUUACAAGGGCCCCACUUGGAAAAGAUUCCGAAGGCAAAACAAAAUAUGUGAUUCGCCCAUAUACUCCAAUAUCAGAUCCAGAUUCUAAGGGAUAUUUUGAUUUACUGAUCAAGGUUUAUCCUGAAGGAAAAAUGAGUCAGCAUUUUGCAAGCUUAAAAGCAGGGGAUGUACUGGAAGUCAAAGGGCCAAUUGAAAAGCUUAGAUACACUCCAAAUAUGAAGAAAAAAAUUGGCAUGAUUGCAGGUGGCACUGGCCUAACACCAAUGCUGCAAGUAGUCGAGGCUAUUCUGAAAAAUCCUGAGGACAACACUCAGGUAUCACUCCUUUAUGCCAACAUCUCUCCAGAAGACAUACUACUCAAAAAGAAGCUUGACAUACUUGCUACAAGCCAUCCAAAUUUCAAGGUAUUUUACACUGUAGAUAAACCAUCUGAGAACUGGAGAGGAGGUAAAGGGUACAUUUCAAAAGACAUGAUCCUGAAAGGCUUGCCUGGCCCUGGUGAUGACACACUUAUCCUUGUAUGUGGACCCCCUGGAAUGAUGAAACACAUCUCAGGAGACAAGGCCAAGGACCGUUCACAAGGCGAGCUCACAGGCCUACUCAAGGAGCUUGGAUAUUUGGAGGAAAUGGUAUACAAAUUUUGAGAGACUUGGUAGAAGAAAACAUCUUGCUUGUCUUCAAUUCUGAAAUUCUGUUCCCGCCCAAGAAUAUGGGAAAAAAUGUCAAACUGAAUUAUCUUAAUAGGAUAGAAGUUUGAUAUCCAAACAGCUGAAGAUUUAAAUAAAAGAAUUUUUUUUGGAUGAAUC